CAGCAUGACUAUACAUUGAGUGUGGAAGAAAAAACCUAAGUGAAAUGCUUCAUGAAAAAGCAACAUUGGGUUAAGAAGAAGCUGUGUGCACCAUCUACCAGUAUGGCUCUGUACUAUCCUGGUAUGUUUCAGAAUUGUCCUUAUGCAUUCCUGCCCCAGGUUCCGAUGCACAACACUUACAAGCCUCUUGCUAUCAUGGACUAUAACAUGGACUACGGUUACAAUGACAGUUUAUCCAACCAGAUGGAGUACCAUCACAUCUAUGGUCCAAGCCCUUUUUUUUACCCUUAUCCUUUCUGGCACUUUCCCCAGGUGGCUUCUGUUCCUCUGUACCAGCCUUACAGUAACUAUCGUCCUCAAAUGGCAUUCCAGAGACCAAGCUGGGAUCUGUGGCCUGAAGGCUUUGUUCUGAGAGGACAGCUCCAUUGGGGUAGGCUUGAACGUGUUGUGGGGCCUAGGAGGGACUUGCCAGACUUUGUGAAAGAUGAUCUCAGAAGAGUCUAUGGCACGUAUCCAAAGACGGAUGUUUCCAUAAUGUACCAGAAUGGUGAAUUUAUUGUAAAAGGAAACCCCAGGGUAGGAGAACAAGAAUACAAGAUAGAGAAGACAAUCAUAAGAAAAGAACCCACACCAACUGCUAGUGAAGCUGAGGACAGCAGUGAAGAGCAGAACAGAAAGAAGAAAAAGAAAGCAAAGAGAUGAUGUAGCUGGAUUAAACUACUGACUGAAAAAACACUCGUCUCUGCUGCUGUAAAAGAGCCAGUGAUGUCUAUAAUGAAAACUGGGCUAU